GUGCAAAGGUCGUCCCGGCAUGUGUGUGUUUGUACGUCCCGUGCCGGAGGGAGCGAGAGAGGGAUCGACCUUUAACCCCAGCAGGAGACGGAGAGCGACAGUGAGUGAGGGAGAGUUUGUGUUAACUGUGUGUUUGUUUUCAUUUUUGUGUGCUCAGUGGAAACGAGAGUACUUUAGGGUCGCCAUGGUUAUCCUCAGACGGACGCCACUGCUUCGUUACCUGCUGCUGGCGGCCAUGUUGGCUCUGUUCCUCUUUGUCAGCUCCUUGUGGCUACCUCAAGGCGGAGUCAGAGACUGUGGCAGCUCCUGGCAGCCAUGUAUACGUUCUUACCAACAAACGCCGGAACCUCCGCUGGCCCCCGGGGACUUCCUGCAGGAGGACGAACCCACGCUCCUCACAAAGGAGUGUCCGGGUCAGAAGUUCCAGGUUCGAGAGCUGCUGCUGCACCUGAGGUCCAGUCUGUCAGACGAGGAGGACGAUGAUGUCCUUCUGGAGCCGUACCUGCAGAGCUGGGACCAGCUCCUCAAUUUCAUGGAGUCUCUGGGGACGAUGGUGAGUUUAUUCUCCAUGAAGGUGAACGAGAAGGUCGUGCAGAUCCGAGCCCUGUCACUCAAACACAGCGCAGACGUCUAUCAGGGACAAACCCCCCCAUCGUUUGGACUCAAAACCGGGGCGUACCGCUCGGUUCGAUCUAUGGUGGAGGCGGAGCUGAAAGCGGGCGUGGUGGACUUCUCGCGCCACACGGACUCGGGCUGCCGGACGCUGCUGAGGCUGCAUCGGUCUCUGCUGUGGCUCAAGCUGAUGUUAGAGGGUUUGUCUGAAGGACCCGACGCAGACGGACAAUACAAAACCCCCGGAGAGCUGAGCAGAGACGCCUACCAGGUGGCGUUGGCCCCCCACCACCCCUGGGUGCUCCGCCAGGCGGCCGAGUUCGCGUUCCUUGCCCUCCCUGACCGACAGUACUUCCUGCAGCUGGUGUGUGUUCAGAACCAGAGUGAGGCCACGCCCGUGCUGCGUGUCAUCAUCCACGCCCUGAUGCUCGUGCACACGCGAACCCAACGAAUCCUGGAGGAACACAACAUGCUGGAGCUGCCGUGACGCCAACAACCGGGAAGAUUCAGGACGUUCGCCGCAGACUCCGCAGGCGCCCGGCGACUCGUCCACGUGGCUCCAGGCGUGUUUGAUCAAGCUGCCGAGGACCUUGUACCAGACGCCACACACUCUGCACGGCGUCUUACUUCUCUCCACCACGUA